AAAAUUGAACUGAAUUAUAAAAUAUAUGAGAAUUGAAAUGGCUACAAUAUGUAAAUUCUAGUAUAAUUCAAAUUCCCUUUUGAAAUAAGUUGGCAGUACACUAAUUUCGUGAUACAGUACAAUACUGAUACAGUACAAGCCAAAGUUUAUUAUAUUUGACGUUUGCUAUGAUUGAAAUAUACCCAAUCUUCGGGCAUUGAAGUAAUACGAAAUCAAAAGAAUUUGCAAAAGUUUUGUUGUAAUUAGCAGCAGCAUUAUUAAUUAUAUUGACAUAUUCACAUGAAAAUAUUGAAAAAUAUUGAUCAUUUUAAUUAUAACAUACACGCCGGGAAUUAUUUACCGCAAACAUUGAUUAAAAAAUUUUUUUCUUUUAAUUUUUAAUUGAAAAAACGCAAAACGUCGUCUAACACGAACGAAAACAAUUCGCCUCAACAAAGCGAUUCAUCAACUAUGGCUGAGGCGGUUGCUGAGGAACGCCCUACGCAGGCUCCACGUUUUUAUUGUCAUAUAUGUAAUAUGGAAAUAAAUAUCGUAUCCAAUACAGAAUUUGUAUGUCCUUUGUGCGAUGGUGGUUUCGUUGAAGAGUUACCACCAACACCACAACCAAGUGGCAGCAACACUAGCGCAGACAGCGGUAAUAAUGCUUCGACUAGUAAUCCUCAACUUUCGGGUUUAGAUGCUUUACGGGGAGAAAUUGCUACAUUUUUAAUGUCUCGUAACGGCCCUAAUGUUGAAAUAUCAAUAGACCCUGGAAAUCGACGUGGUAAUGUUAUAACAAUAGGCGGCGGUAGUAAUAGCAAUGCUAAUCGUGGAAAUACCGGUGGUGGCAGAGUACGAGCUCAAAACUUGGACCGUUUAGAUAAUGUGUUACUCGACUUUUUGCAUACUAUAUCUGGUGAUGACAUAGCUUUCGGUAACUCACCAAUGUUUUUUAUGGGAAACCCAGGUGAUUAUGCUUGGGGACGCGAAGGCAUUGAUACGAUUGUAACACAAUUACUCAAUCAAAUGGAAACUUCAGGUCCACCACCUCUACCAAAAGAAAAAAUUAACGAAAUCCCCAAGCAUGAAGUUACAUCUGAUGAAGUUGAUAAAAAAGUACAAUGUUCAGUUUGUUGGGAAGACUUUCGUCUUGGCGAAACUGUACGCAAAUUGCAAUGCUCACAUUUGUAUCAUGAAAAUUGUAUUGUGCCAUGGUUAGAUUUACAUGGUACUUGUCCAAUUUGCCGUAAAUCACUUGCAGAAGAACCAAAUGAAGUAAUUGGUAGUAAUGAGAACGCUACAAAUAAUCUCAAUCGUCCCUUAGGCAGAGAUACAACGAGUGAUACUACAGGUAUCAGAAAUAUUGAUAAUGGUGCAAGUGGUAUCGCAACUAAUGCUACAAAUACUGCAACUGGUGGUACCUCUACUAGUCAUACUCAAACUCAGGAACCAAAUAGUACUUUUGAUUUUGAACGCAGUAACGAGGAUUUGGAUUAAAAAAAUUGAUUUCUAAAAAUUAUCUCAAUUCCUCAUAUAUUUUAUCAUUUAAUUUAUGUUACAAAAAAUGAAUAGCCUUCAUAAAAUUAAUAAAUUAAAUUAAUCAGCAUAUGUAUACCACUCCUUACAUGCAAUAGACAACACUUAUGAAAUAAGUUUGUCUUGUAUGCGCACCGAAGCAUUAAUUCUUAACUAAAAUGAAGUAAUUAUUUAUUAUAUUUAUAAAUAAUACAAAACAAAUUUGUUGCUGUGUUAUGAAUAUUUAACGUAAAAUUAAAAUUUUUGGACGGGUAUGCGUUUUUGUAAUAGCAGUAAGAAAUAUUUAAUAAAAUUU